GACGUAGUUCACGCAUGCGCGCAGAUGUGUUCGUGCUGUCAUGGCGCUGAACGCAAACUACUGAUCCAGAGCUCUUCUUCAUCAUCGCUACAGGGAGUCUGAUGCCGUCUAGAAGAGCACAGUGAUGUCGGGAAAUAAAGCGGUGGAGCUGCAGACACAGAUGCGACAGAACGCAGAAGAUCUGCAGAACUUCAUGAAGGAGCUGAACAACUGGGAGGAAGAAAUCAAGAAGAAAGACCAGCAGCUUCGCGCCGGAAACAUCAGCGAACCGCCGAAGACUCUCCCGCCGGUGAGGAACAACGAUUAUAAGAAGACGAAGAAGAGUGUGAAGCGCCAGACUAACGGCCUGAAGGAGCAAAAGGAGACGCAGCGCAUAAAAUCCUACGAUUAUCAGGCCUGGGACAAAUUUGAUGUGGAUAAGUCUCUGGAGGCCAUGGACGCGGAGGAGAGCCCGGUCCACUCCAACGAGUCGGACUCUGAAGGGCUUCAGGUGGACAGAGAUCUGGCGCUGACCGAGAAAGAGAAGGGGAAUGAGUGCUUCAGGGACGGCCGGUACGACAGCGCCAUCGAGUGUUACACCAGAGGAAUGGACGCCGAUCCGUACAGCCCUGUCCUACCCACCAACAGAGCGGCCUGCUUCUUCAGACUGAACAAGUUCGCCGUGGCGGAGUCCGACUGUAAUUUGGCCAUCGCUCUGGACGGGAAAUACGUCAAAGCGUACAUCAGGAGAGCGGCGGCACGCGCGGCGCUCAACAAACACCAGGACGCUCUCGAAGAUUAUGAGAUGGUUCUCGAACUGGAUCCUGGAAGCUCGGAGGCCCAGAGUGAGAUCCAGAAGCUGCAGCAGGUGCUGGGAUCGAGCGGACGGACGGAGGAGAAGAGCGAGAGCGAUGCAGAGCCGUUACAGCAGCUGCAGGAACAGCAGAGGAAACAGGAAGCAGUCGUGCAGAAGGACAGAGGAAAUGCUUACUUUAAAGAAGGCAAGUAUGAGGCAGCGGUGGAGUGUUACUCCAGAGGAAUGGAGGCGGAUGGGACGAACGCACUGCUGCCUGCUAACAGAGCCAUGGCCUACCUCAAACUCCACAGCUCCGGUGUUGCCAUGGAGACAGAAACCGGGAGUGAUUCAGAGGUGAGGAGCAGCGGUCUUCUGGCUCCAGAGGAGAACAAACAGAGAAGCAUCCAGCCCAUCCACAAACCUGAACACCUCAGAUCCACUAAACCCUUGAGGAGGCUUGACAUCCAGGAGGUGGGUGCAGAGAUCUCACCGUCCACGUCUUCACCGCAUCCCAAGAUCCAGAAGAUAGAGGAGAUCUCAGACGCUCCUGUAUCCAGGGCCCCUGAAGAUUCAUCUGCAGAUGCUGAAUCGAUUCCUCCUCCACCCAGCAGCAGUUUCCAGCUGGAGGCCGACCUCAGGAAGAUCAGCCGUCACCCACAAUCCACUUACAGAUAUCUGAAGCAAAUCAGUCCUGACGCUUAUCUGAAGAUCUUCCAGAACUCUCUGGAGCCUGAUGUUCUCAACCACAUCCUCAAGACCUUCCACAGCUUCUUUCAACAUGAAGAUGCGUCUCUUCUGCUGGCCGUCCUGAGGAGCCUGGCGAGCGUGAGGAGGUUUGACGUGACCGUCAUGUUCAUGUCGUCCGCCGAGAAGAAACUCUUACAGGAGCUGUUUGACUGGAUUCACAGCGCAGGUCUGGGAGACGCUUCUGUUCAAGGCUUACAGAAGAAAUACGGCCUUUGACCUCUACAGAAAUCUCUCUUGUUCAGAUUUCUACAGUCAUUCUGACACUGGACUGAAAACUCAGUAUGAGGUGAAACCGAACCAGAAGCAAAACAGCUUCAGUGUGAAUGAAUCAGAUGCUCUGAUACCUCAGAAUGGACGCUUGGUGCCUUUAAACUCUGCUUUAUUUGGUUCCGGCAUGUGUGCAUGAGAUGAUAUUAUUAUACGAGUCCAUCUAAAACGUCCGCUGUCGCUUCAUGUGUCUCGGUGUUAUUCUUCAGAAUCUGCUUCUGUAGUUCUGAAUGCUGCAGUAUUAAAGUCAACAUGAAAUCCAAA